AUGGAAGUGAAGGUGUCUGUGGAAGGGAUCCCUCGUGUAGUCUGUGGAGUUACAGAGGAAACAACAUGCCAAGAAGUGGUGCUAGCGUUGGCUCAGGCCCUGGGCCAACCUGGACGCUUCACCCUACGGGAGAAGUUUAAGGACUUUGAGCGCUGCAUGGCGCCUGAUGAACACCUUCUGGAGACGCUGGAGCGGUAUGGAGAUCAGGCCAGGGAGGUCCAGCUUACUCUGUUCCACAACGGACCCUCUGUCUGGGAUGACAUGAGCAGGGCAAAAGUCGGCAGAUACCAGCCCUGCCCGCCGCUGAGAAGAAAAGACGCAGGUGCUAGAAUGCGAAGAAGCAGCGGUUCACUGAGUUUGCAUCGAAGGAGUUUGCCACCGUUGUCAUGUUUAAGACAAGAGGCUGAGCAGAAACCGGAAGAUGUGAAAAGGCCGAAAAGAAAGUCUCUGACUCUGAUGGAGGAGGCCUGGGAUUGGCUGGAGAGCCUGGGGAAAGGCAAAGUCUACAGCACUGCCUGCGAUAAGGAGAGCAGCAAGAGGACAGAUAAAAGGAACCGCUCCUCUUUGGAUGUUUCUAUCACUGCUGACAAAGAUAACUCCGGUCCGAGCAGCAGAAGUAAAGCCAGAGGACAGAAGAUGCUAAAGUCAGAGCGUCAGAUGUCCUGCUGCAUGGGGAAUCAGACAAGAGACAGAGAAAGCAAAACUCAGGAGGCAACAUGUGAUCUGCACAGUUCAAGCUGUUCCAAGACUAAAGACGACAAAAAUAGUCUGAGAGAAACCAUCAUCCAUCAGCUUGUGUGUCUGCAGGACUUACAGGUCCAGAUAACACACAUAGACAAACAGAUUGUUGAGCUUGAGGAAAAACAAAGGGCCCAAAAAGCAGAACUGGAAGCCUGUGAGAGAAUCGCUGAGGAGGAAAUGGAGCAGAUACAGUUUUGGGAAAACGAAUUAAAGGCAGAGGAAGGUUAUGAGAGAGAUUUGCAAUCCCAGUUCCUUGAGAUGAGAGCGAAGGCUGUGGACUGCAGGGCUCAGCUGGAGGAGUACAGGUGCAGAAUGCAAGCGCUCGAUUUCUUUGUCGACUCAAACACCGUUCAGGAAGAUUCAGAGACGGUUUCAAAAGCUGAUGCGAAAGCUGCCACUGAACUUUCAUCUGUUUCAACUGAAGAUGAAUAUCUGCCACCGUGUGACCCACACGGGGAUGUCAACAGGAAGGUCCUGCCCAGAGGAGACUUCAGCCCCCCUCACGCUCUAGUUCAUCCCAGCCAGAUGAAGGAGCGGCGGCCCACGGGACCCACUGAGCUGAGGGAGUGGUGGAAGCGCUGGUCCGAGGCCCAGAGCCCUGAAUCACGGACUAAAAAGAAGGCAGUCCACCGCUCCGAGCUCACCAUAUAUCUGGGCAGCACCAAGGUUUAGAAUCAGCAGGAGGCGCAAAGUCAGUAACUGUGAUAAACGCUUCAUUGUACUGGAUUCAUUUUACUCAUAAAAGACCUGAGAUGAGGUUAAACCUGUAAAAGGUUCCCACCUGACCUUUAACAACGCCAUGCACAGUGUUACCUUAAUGUUAUAAAGAUGUUUCUUGAUCAAAACCUGGAGGUAAACAUGAGACUUUUCACUGACUAGAACUUUUUUUUUUGACCAAACACU